UGUCUUAAUUAGCAAGUAAAGCAAGCUGGGAUGUAGAAGAAAACCAUUAGAUUGGAGUCAGACUUCUGUAUUAAUACACUCACCUAUAACCUUACACACACACACACACACACAUAUCCUUUGUUUUAAACUUGUUAUUUGACAUUAAUCUUGUUCCGCUUCCACACAUUUCCAAAAGUCUGUCAUAGAUGUGCAUAUACCCCAACAAGUGCAUUACAAGCCACUGAAAGAAGCCACCAGCCACUUUGCAUUUUGCCCUUUGACCAGUUUUUAUACUGUUGUCAGAGUUAUAAAGAUGAGCACUCGAAGAGACGAUCUUCAAGAAGCAGUAUGGAGUUCUGGAGACUGCUGCAUUCAAGUCUAACUUUGUUAAUCCUUGUUACCAGCAGCUGUGAAGGACACGUCAAAACGGUCUGUGCAGGACCCUCUCUGAAAAUGGAUCAAGCUUUGCUCACAUUUUAUAACCUACUGACAGAAGAAGUGCAGAUUUUCUACACAUCAGAUUACUGCUACAAGUGUUUGUACCAGCAUUUGGCCUCAGUGAAACCCAACAACAAUGCAUCUGUGAUAAUCAGCACCAAAUUCACUCUGACUGUGCAAGUGUCAUCACAAACAAGGAAUGAAACUCUCUGCAGGUGGAGUCAGACAUAUGAGGAAGGUGGUCAUUACUCUGUUCGGAUCCACAUGUCAGAGGUCGGCACUAAUCCCAGCUGCACUCCCACUGUGAAUAAAACGCCAAACAAUCCAUACCUGCCUCUUGUGGUGGCAGCGCUCCUACUGGCCAUAGUGGCUCUGUUAUUCGUUGUGAUACCCUAUGUCUACAGGCGGCGUUGUACAUCAAAAUUUAUUAGGACCAUUUGCUGCCAAGGCUCAAGCUACUCGGUGGAUAAUGACAUUGCACUUGAUUCUGAAACGCCACACAAUGCCAGCAAAGCUAAACCAACACGUCUGCUCUCCCUGGAUGCUUUCCGAGGGUUUGCCCUGACAGUGAUGGUGUUUGUGAACUAUGGUGGAGGAGGCUACUGGUUCUUUCAACAUGCACCUUGGAAUGGUCUAACUGUGGCAGAUCUUGUCAUGCCGUGGUUUGUGUUUAUAAUUGGGACUUCAGUGGUUUUGGCUUUCAGAUCCAUGCAGAGGAAAGGACUCAGCCGCCUGCAGCUGCUGCGAAAAAUCACCUGGAGAACAGUCGUCCUGCUGAUGCUCGGCUUCUGCUUCCUCAACUACUCUCCAAGAGACGGAUUGUUGUCCUGGUCCUGGCUGAGGAUCCCUGGAGUGCUGCAGCGUCUGGGCUUCACCUACUUUGUUCUGUCUCUCCUGCAGACUUUCUGGGGCCAGAAAGAAAUCCCACUGAGAGCGCAUCACUGGUGGAACCCCGUCCAGGAUGUUUUCAUCUACUGGCCACAGUGGCUGAUUAUCAUCCUGCUGGAGACUUUGUGGCUGUGCAUCACUUUCCUCAUGCCUGUACCCAACUGCCCCACAGGAUAUUUAGGAGCUGGUGGAAUCGGUGACAACGGUCUUUACCCAAACUGUACCGGAGGAGCAGCAGGAUACAUUGACAGGUGGAUGUUUGGUGAUAACAUGUUCAGAUACCCCACGUGCAAAGAGAUGUAUAAGACCACACAGCCUUUUGACCCAGAGGGGGUUCUGGGUACAAUCAACUCCGUUGUCAUAGGAUUUCUGGGGAUGCAGGCGGGGAAAAUUAUCAUUUCCUGCAAAAAGAUGAACGUCCAAAUCCUCUGUCGAUUCCUAGUGUGGGCCGUCCUCCUGGGAAUCUCCGCAGCCAUCCUUUCUAAGUGCACACGAGACGGAGGAUUUAUACCUGUCAAUAAAAACCUUUGGUCCCUGUCCUUUGUGUUGUGUAUGGGGUGCUUCUCUUUCCUGCUGCUGGGAGCCAUGUACUUUGUCAUUGAUAUCAAGGGCUGGUGGGCUGGACAGCCUUUCAUAUACCCAGGGAUGAACUCCAUCUUUGUGUAUGUUGGCCACUCUCUGCUUGGUUUCUACUUCCCCUUCAGCUGGGAGAUGCGCUUCCAGGAGAGCCACUUGGAGUUUCUCCUGCAGAGCCUGUGGGGAACCUCACUGUGGGUGCUCAUCGCCUACCUGCUGUACAGGAAGAAAUUCUUCCUCAAAAUAUAAGAAAAAUAAAA